AUGGACAAGCUCACUGACAAGCCGGACUGGAAUCGCAAGAUCAACGAUGAAAACAUUGUCAGCAAGUGGCGUGCUGAAUGCGCUGAAAUCGAGAAGACUUCUAAGCCAGAGCAGGCUGUGACUCAACAAAUGUUCGACUACUGCCUUGGGGAGCUUCGAGAUUACGCAAAGCAAUUCGAGCGGCAUGGCUUUGUGCCGGCCAUUGAUGCUGAGCGAACGGUCUACAAGUCUGAUGUCUGCAUUUCCGACGAGCUCAAGACAGAGCUCAAAUCAUCAGCGGCAUCCCUCGAAGACUUGCCCACGGACCAGAAAGACUGGCAUCCAGACUCGGACGAGAAGGUGCUCGAUCUACUUCAUCCGUCCUUGUACCCGCUCAUUUAUGGACGCUCUCAAGCUUUGUCCGAGGGCAUGGUCCCGCUCGAGGGCUGCGAGAAGUACAUUGGCCAGGGCAUCGUUGUUCCAGUCCCGGAGAAGAAGCAUCUCCACGUUGAGCGUUUCGCUGGUAAGUCGAGACACCCGCCGUUGCACUUCUACUCAUCGCGGUUCCAGUGGCUGCCAUGCGAAAUCUCAUUCGGCGAAAAUGAGAACGUCAAGAUCACGAGUUACAUCAACAAUCUGCACCCCAAGUUUCAUCAGCCUCUCUAUGAGACCCUGGAGCGCAUCAUCGCUAAGACUGUUCCAAUGUGGGACGCGACGCUUUCCGGCGACAGCUUGUAUAAGCGGGCCCCACGCCUCAACAUCGAUAAGGUCGGUUACGAGGAGCCGGUUGGCGAGCGCCCGCCAGCGGAGAACGAAGACGAACUCGAUGAAGACGAGAUCGAUGAGCUCAACAACACCUGGCAACGUGAGCAUCGAGUUCUGACCAACUUGCCAGAGCCGGGCAGCUAUUCCGCUCGCAUGCGCGACGAUCCAGAGAAGGAGACGGUCGUCAAUCUGCGCAAGGACUUCGCUGACCGAGGCCUCCAAGUCAUCGUGAAGCUGGCUAACAUUCAUCUGACACCGGACAAGCCAGCUUACAGCGGGGGUGGAUGGCACAUCGAAGGUCAGCUCAACGAACAUAUCUGUGCGAGUGCGAUUUACUAUUACGACACCGACAACAUCACUGAGAGCCACCUUUCGUUUCGCGAGUUUGUCUGCGUGGAUACUUUGACAGGGGACACUGAGUAUGAACAAGACGACUAUGAGCACAUCUUGCGUCUCUAUGGAAUCGAGCAGAACGGCCCAGCCAUUCAGACACUGGGCAAGGUCAACACCAAGGAAGGUCGAAUGAUCGCCUUCCCGAACGUCUUGCAGCACAAGGUCGAGCCCUUUGAGCUCGCCGACAAGUCCAAGGCAGGUCAUCGCAAGAUCCUCGCUCUCUUCCUGGUCGAUCCGUACCUCCGCAUCCCAUCCACGGCCCAUGUGCCUCCUCAGCAGAAGAAUUGGUGGCGUGCCAUGGUCCACGACCUGGAUCGGGUGCAAAAUCUUCCGCCCGAGCUUGCCGAGCGGGUAGUCGACGCUGAGCAGGAUCUACUCAGUAUGGAAGACGCGAAAGCCCUCCGACUUGAGCUGAUGGCUGAGCGUAAGGUUUUCGUGCAGGACGUCGACAAGCGCUAUCACGAAGAGCAGUUCAGCUUCUGCGAGCACUAG